ACUCUCACAGUUCUAAACUGGUAUAGGAGAACACCAACGAAAUGCACUGGAUUUUGUUAUUAUGUGGAUUUCUUAAUCUGGACAGGAGUGCAGUGUUUGGGCAAGGAACAUCAAGAGAUGGCGAGAUAAUUAACCAGAUUAAGAGCACAAACAAGGCUCUGGCUGAUAUCAAGGAACUGCUUAAACAACAGAUAGAGGAAAUUGUGUUUCUGAAAAACACAGUUAUGGAGUGUGAGGCCUGUGGCAUGCGUACAGAAAUGGAGAAAAAGCCUUCCUGUGAUCCCAGUCCCUGCCACCCGGGGGUGAAGUGCAUCGCGAAGGUUGACGGCGUCAAAUGCGGCCCGUGUCACGCGGGCAUGGUGGGCAACGGCACCCACUGUGCAGACGAAGAUGAGUGUAGUGUGAUGCCAUGCCAUAUGGGUGUGAGAUGUAUCAACACAUCUCCUGGUUUCCGAUGUGGUCCGUGUCCUGCUGGCUAUACAGGUCCCCAUGUGCAAGGAUUUGGACUAGCCUAUGCUACAGCCAACAAACAGGUUUGCAGAGACAUAAAUGAAUGUGAAGCCUCAAAUGGUGGCUGUGUGGAGAACUCCAACUGUGUGAACACACCGGGGUCUUUCCGCUGUGGCCGCUGUAAGCCAGGCUAUACUGGGGACCAGACACACGGCUGCAAGCCUGAUCGGGCUUGUGGAAACGGGCAGCUCAACCCCUGCCAUGCCAGUGCCGAGUGUAUCGUCCAGCGUGAUGGCACUAUAGCGUGUGCUUGCGGAGUUGGCUGGGCUGGUAAUGGAUAUUUAUGUGGACCAGACAUGGAUAUUGAUGGCUUCCCAGAUGAAAAAUUGCAAUGUCCUGAGAUAAUCUGCACAAAGGAUAACUGUCUCACUGUACCCAACUCUGGGCAAGAAGAUGCUGACAAGGACAGCAUUGGAGAUGCGUGUGAUGAUGAUGCAGAUGGAGAUGGGAUCCUGAAUACAGAGGACAACUGUGUGCUUGUCCCAAAUGUGAACCAGAGGAAUGUUGACCAGGAUGAUUAUGGAGACGCUUGCGACAACUGCCGCCUGGUUAAAAAUAACGACCAAAAGGACACUGAUCUUGAUGGCAAGGGUGAUGAAUGUGAUGAAGACAUUGAUGGUGAUGGGAUCAAGAAUGACAAGGACAACUGCAUCAAGGUUCCCAAUGCUGACCAGAUAGAUCGAGAUGGUGAUAAUGUUGGUGAUGCCUGUGACAGCUGUCCUUACAUUCGCAAUCCUGACCAGCUGGACAUUGAUAAUGACCUGAUUGGUGAUCCUUGUGACACCAACAAAGACAGUGAUGGAGAUGGCCAUCAGGACUCACGUGAUAACUGCCCGGCAGUCAUCAACAGCUCUCAGCUGGACACUGACAAAGACGGCAAAGGGGAUGAAUGUGAUGACGAUGACGACAAUGACGGCAUUCCUGAUCUCCUCCCUCCUGGCCCGGAUAACUGCAGACUCAUUCCCAACCCACUACAGGAAGACUCAGACGAGGAUGGAAUAGGAAACGUCUGUGAGAAGGACUUUGACAACGACACGGUAAUCGACCCGAUUGACGUGUGCCCCGAAAAUGCUGAGGUCACCCUUACUGACUUCAGAGCCUACCAGACUGUGGUUCUGGACCCGGAAGGAGAUGCCCAGAUCGACCCCAACUGGGUAGUACUCAAUCAGGGAAGAGAGAUUGUUCAAACUAUGAACAGUGACCCUGGACUAGCUGUUGGUUACACGGCAUUCAAUGGUGUGGACUUUGAAGGGACGUUUCAUGUAAAUACAGUAACGGAUGAUGACUACGCUGGCUUCAUCUUUGGGUAUCAGGACAGCUCAAGUUUUUAUGUGGUUAUGUGGAAGCAGGUGGAGCAGAUUUACUGGCAGGCUAAUCCUUUCCGAGCUGUGGCUGAACCGGGAAUCCAACUCAAGGCUGUGAAAUCAAACACGGGACCUGGGGAGAACCUCCGCAACUCGCUGUGGCACACAGGUGACUCCCCCGACCAGGUGAAGCUACUGUGGAAGGAUCCGAGGAACGUCGGCUGGAAGGACAAGACCUCGUACCGAUGGUUCCUGCAGCACAGACCCCACGAUGGAUACAUCCGGGUUCGUUUCUAUGAGGGCCAGCAGAUGGUUGCAGACACAGGGAUUAUUAUUGACACGACCAUGAGAGGUGGCAGACUAGGGGUGUUCUGCUUUUCACAAGAGAACAUCAUCUGGGCCAAUCUACGCUACCGAUGCAAUGAUACCCUUCCAGAAGACUUUGACACAUACAGAUCCCAGCAAAUCCAUCUUCAGAUUUAACACUUAGCAACUGUCGCAAAUUCCCAUAUUACCAUAAUGACUCACCCAGCUCACACUAGACAACUGUAAAUAACUGUAAGAAGUUAUGCCUGUAUGAUAAAAAGAAGAAUUAAGCACAUCUGCAUUUUCAUUAUAUGCUUCCAUUCACUUCCUUUACUUCUUGUUGCCUUUUCACCACAAUGUUGUAAACUUGUACUUCAAUAGCGACUACAUUCUGACACGGUGUAAAUUUAAAUGUUUCACUGUGUACAAGCUGAAAUAAAAGUGCUUUGUAUUGCUGUA